UGCCCCCGGACUCCUACAGAGCCAGAUGCCACACUUGGGAGGGGGCUGCAGAUGGUGCUUCUUCGCCCAGCCUGCAAGGGACACGAUGACACAGACCAGAUAAAAUGGCUUCCAGACAAAGGCCUGCAAUGACUGAAGGUGAUGUUCAUGCCUUCAGAGAGCACCUGGGUAAUUUUACCCCCGGGGAGCUGAUGAGGCUGAGCGAGCACUUCCGCCCCGACUUGGUGUACGUCAUCGAAAACGACAUCCUCACUGUGCUGCAGGAACUCACCGCCAGGCGCGUCCUCACCGCACAGCAGGCCCAGGAUUACAGUGACUGGGAGAAGAACCAUGAUUCAACCAGUGCCGCAGAGAAGCUAGUGGGUGACAUUUUGACCAAGAGCCAAGCCACGGGGCUGGGGCUGUGGACGGGUCUAUUUGCUCUACAGAGCCGGUGGGCCCACCCCAACCUCCAUGGGAUGCUGGAUGAAAUCAUUCACAAUGGUCACGAUCUGAUACAGGAAAUUCUCCUGAACAAAUCAGGACACGCCCUGGACCCAGAACUGAAAGCUUAUCAAGUAGAGCACAAGGCCAAACUCCGUGAUCUCACAGGGUCGAUGAAGGAAAACAAGACCCCAGGGCAAUCUGAGGGGGAGAUUUUCCCCAUUGCUAGCCGCUAUGUGGAGCUGAAGGUGGUCUCAGACCGUCAUUUCAUGAAGCAGACUCACCAGGAGCAUGAGGCCCUGGCCGCGGCGGGGGAGCUGAAUGAAUAUCGCCUCCAGAGGAGAGUGAAGAGAGAGCUGGAACGUAUCACCCCUGACCGGCUCUUCCGCUGGUGCACUCGCUCCCGCCGGGUCCCCCUGUCUGUGAUGGUGAGCGGAGUAGCUGGCGUGGGCAAGACGACUCUGGUGCAGAAAUUCAUCUUUGACUGGGCAGUGGGGGAGCACUACCAGAAAUUUGCCUUCGUUUUCAUCUUCAAGUUCCGGGACCUGAACACUGUUGGUGAGAAGAGGAGUCUGGAGUCUCUGAUCUGUCAGACAUAUCCGCUCCUCAGGGACAAGCUCCCAACAGUCCUGGAAGACCCUGAGAAGCUGCUUUUCAUCUUUGAUGGCUUGGAUGAGAGCCGGACUGAUUUGCCACUGAGGAAAGAAGAAGCCCAAAAGCUGUGUCUGAAACCUGGGGAUGUGAAGCCCAUUUCUGUGAUUGUUGCCAGCCUGGUGAAACAGACACUGCUGAAGGGCUGUUCUGUGCUGCUGACCAGCCGCCCCAGCAAGCUGGCCGGUCUGGAGGCUGGUGUCUUCCACCGAGUGGCCAAUAUCGUGGGCUUCCUCGCUAAGGAAAGGGAAAGGUACUUUUCCACGUUCUUCCGAGAUGAGCGCGUCUCCAGAGAGGCCUUUGCAUACGUGCGGGACAGUCAGGUUCUGUACACGCUGUGCUACAACCCCUCUUACUGCUGGAUCACAUGCACGGCCCUGAAGCCCUGCUUCACCGCCCAGGCAGGGAAACCACAGCCUGUCCCCAAAACAGUGACCCAGCUCUUUGUGAGCUACGUCACCCAUAUUAUGGCCAAUCACACCCAGGAGCGGCCUGAGACCCGGAGCAUGCGAGAUACACUGACACGCCUGGGCUGGCCGGCCGAAUAUGGCAUCAAAAACCACAUUCUUGUCUUUGAUCUGAAGUAUUUACAGGAUUUCAAAGUGGAGUUUUCUCCAUUCCUCACCGGCUUCUUGGUGGAGAACCCUCCAACUGAUAACUCUUCCCAGGUGACCUAUUCCUUCCUUCACCUCACCAUCCAGGAGUUCUUUGCUGCCCUUGUGCAUUACCUGGAUUACAAGGAGGACAGGUUCAGAGACACAAUGGCUAAAGCCAGGACCUGUAAAGAAGGUGACUAUGAGAUCUUCUCUCGCUUCCUGGCUGGGCUCUCCCAUCCUGCCACCCGGAUGCCCCUGGAGAAAUACACGGGGAAGUUCUCUGCAGAGGCCUCUCGACAAGUUAUUGGGUGGCUCAGCGAAAUGAACUAUGAGGAGCUGGAGAGCAGAGACGAGCCCAAAGGGAAGAGGAGGCUGAUGAAUGUUUUCAAUUUGCUGUUUGAAUCCCGGAACAGCCAACUGGUGCGUGACGUGGUGGGCAAAGACCCCCAGCUGGACUUCUCAGACUUGUACCUCAUGCCGGUGGAUUGCACCGUCCUCGCUUACGUGCUGAAAUGCUGUGAAGAAAUAGGGCGCCUCGUCCUAGAGUCCUGCUUCAUCCAGAACGAGGGCCUGGAGAGACUCAGCCCGGAGCUGCACAAAGUCCGAGAACUGAGCCUCUCAGACAACCAUUUGAAGGAUGUUGCAAUGAAGAAUAUUUGCUCUGUACUGAAGCAUCCAAACUGCAGGCUGGAAGACCUGAGAGUCUUUUCCUGUUUCUGCCUUGUUCUGCUUCUGAGGCUUCCACCCUCGCUCCACACUAACCUGUUCACAGAAGCAUGCUGUAAAGACCUGGCCUCUGCUCUCAAGGAGAACUUGACCCUCUUCAGUCUUGAUCUGACCAAAAACAAAGUGCGGAACGCUGGCCUUUCUGCCCUGCUAGAGGCACUUGAGGCCCCACAAUGCAAGAUUCAGAAAUUAGUCCUCCAGGAAAAUGGCUUAUCAGAUGAAUCCUGCGAGAGACUGUGCUCUGCUCUCUCCCAUAACUCCACCCUCCAGCAUCUGAACCUGAGUGCCAAUGUUUUCACCGAUCAGUGCGCUGAGUACAUGCAUCUCCUCAUCCUGACCAGCCCCUGCCUCACCGACAUCAGACUGAGUUUGAAUGACUUCUCUCCAAAGGUGGAAGGGCAGCUGAGAAAGCUGCAAAGUGAAAAUCUGAAGAUUCAUAUUUAAAUAACUCUUUAACUGGAUGCACUGCGGUGCACUCCCAGCUUGUGAAAACAGACCUUGAAUCUGGGAACUGCAGCUGUCUGAAUACACUGCCUAGUUUAACAUCCACUGAGAUGAUACAUUGUGGGAGUAAUAAAAUCAGGACUCAGCUGCACUCAUGAAAUGCAUGGAAAUAACUUCCCGGAAACCCUGCCAAGCUUCGUCCCCAGCAGUGGUACAAUGGCUGCUCCUUUCUAGCCUUUUAGUUACUUUAUCUUUUUUUUCUCACAAACAAGAUUACUCUGCAGUUUCCUACACAGUUCUACUUAUGCUUAUAUAUUAUCAGAACAGACCCUUAACAUUUACAGCAGGCUUCUCUAAAUAUGCCUGCAUUCCCAACAUAGUGUUUGCAUCCAUUCCAAAACACUGUCGUGACGGAAACUUCAGAUUUGUACUGUUGUGUGAUAUGGAAAGUAGCGCAAAAAGAGUUGCCACAAAUGGAGUGUGAUGCUGUGUAUAAAGCAAGGUGAUCAUUUAUAUCACUGAUGUUAUCACUGUUAUACGGUUUCAGUAAAUCUUU